AUGGUGAAGGAUACUGAGUAUUACGAUGUGCUUGGGGUGUCGCCUACGGCGACCGCUAUGGAGAUCAAGAAAGCUUAUCGUAAGAAGGCAAUGCAAACCCAUCCAGACAAGAACCCCGAUGACCCCGAGGCAGAAACGAAGUUUCAAGCCGUUGGUGAAGCCUACCAGGUCUUGAGUGACACCGAGCUGAGAUCUCGCUAUGACCAGUUUGGUAAGGAUGAUGCGGUUCCACAACAGGGUUUUGAAGACGCGGAGGAAUAUUUCUCUGCAAUCUUUGGGGGUGAUGGUUUCAAGGAUUGGAUUGGUGAAUUCUCAUUGUUCAAGGAUUUGAACGAUGCAUCAGAGAUGAUGGAUAAGGGACAAAAUGCCGAAGCUCCAAACUCAGCGGGAGCCAUUGAUUCUACAAGCCACACCACCAGUGGAGAGAUAACGAAACCUGACGAAAAGUCCAAGAAGUUGUCAAAGGAGCAAAAGGAGAAGCUCAUUGAGUUAGAAAAGAAGAGACGUGAAGAACUUGCAAGACAGGUAGAGGAAUUGUCGAAGAAAUUGAACGAAAGGUUGGAUUCAUUUGCAUUGGCGGCUUCACAAAAUCGUAUGGAUGAAUUUGUGACCAAGUUAGAUCAUGAAAUCGAGGAAUUGAAACUUGAAAGUUUCGGUCUAGAGCUUCUAUAUAUCUUGGCCAAGGUUUAUAAGACAAAGGCCAACAAUUUCAUCAUGUCUAAGAAGACUCGUGGGAUUUCCAAGAUUUUUACUGGAGUUCGUGACAACGCAAGAAGUGUUAAAUCUGCUUACAAUCUGCUGUCCACAGGCCUCGAUGCCCAACGAGCUUUGGAGCAGAUGAAUGAAGUGAAUGUCGACGAGCUCGAGGACUACGAAAGAGCUAAAUUCGAGUCAACAAUGGCCGGUAAGGCUCUCGGCGUCAUGUGGGCCAUGUCCAAGUACGAAUUGGAGAAAAAACUGAAAGAUGUUUGCAACAAGAUUUUAAAUGACCCCGCUGUGCCUACUAAGGUUCGACUAGUCAAGGCUAAGGGUUUGCUAUUCAUGGCUGAUAGAUUUGCCAUGGCAAAAAGGUCACCAGAGGAAGAUGAGGAAGCCAGAGUGUUUGAAGAGCUUAUUUUGGGAGAGAAGCAGAGAGAAAAACAAAAUAAACGCAAGAAAAUAUAA